AUGUCGGCCGCAAGCGCGACGGCCGUUUUCCCGUCGCUUGACGGCUCGCCGCAGCUGCUUCGAGCCCCGUUUCAAUCACAUCUGGUAAAACCGAGGCGCUUUUCUCAUCACGAUCAUCCCAAUGUUCCCGUGCGUUUGAACCUACUGCCUCCGUUGGCACUAUAUUCCCGGCCGCUCCGGGCGGCACGUGCAGCGGCUGCACCUACCCCAGUUGUUGCCGCGACCGCUGCGGCUCCGCGGGGCGGCAUCGACGGCGAAUACGACAGGAAUGACCAGUGGGACGGCCCUCGUCGUUCUGAGGAUUACGAAGAUGACUAUAACGAGGAUUUCUUUGCCAGCGACGUGGCGCUGCCGCCUGGCGCGCGGUUCGGGAAGAGAGACCAACCGGAUGAGAGCUGGAUAAACGACUCUGAUUGGUCGAGGGGAUCCGCGGGGCCGCGCAAAGCGGGGCAGGUAGGGGAGGGGGAAGGAUAUCGCGGGAGGCGGCAGCAGGGGGACCGCGGGGGGGUGCAAGGGAGUCGGGGGGGAAGGAGCGGGAGAGACGGGGAAAGCGCGGGGGCGGGUAGGGGGAGGAUGAGGGGAAGCGCAGGCGGGGGGGAUGGCUGGGGGGAACUGGAGGAGGCGGAGGGAGCAGCGGAGAGGCGCAGGGUUUUAGAGGAGCAGGGGAUUGCGCAGCAGCGGCGGGGUUUGGGGUUUAAGGGAGGGAGGGGAGGAUACGGCGGUGGCGAAACGGGGAGGUUUGGGGCGGGGGAAGCAAGAGAAAGGGGCGGCGCUGGGAGGGAGGAGACUCGUCUGGCACAGGGUUCAGGGUUUAGGAGGGAGAGGGAGGGUUUACCUGAGGGGAGGAGGGAGGAGAGGAGUGAGAUGGGAGUGAGAAGGGAGGCGCGAGAGGAGGGGUGGAAGGCGGCGGGCGAGCAGAGGGGCUAUGGGAGGGAAGGACGGGGGGGUGGGUGGGUUGGGGACAGGCGCGUGGGUGGAAACGAGGAGGACGGAGAGGAAGGGGAGACGAGGAGCAGAGGCAGCGGCGGCGGCAGCAGAGGCAGCAGGGGCGUGAGCAGGCGGCAGUGGGGGGAGUAUGGGGAGGAGGAGGACAGGGGCGAGCGGGGGACAAGGUCGUUUGGGGUUGCAGCAGCAGCAGCAGCAGGAGCGACCGCAGCCGCAACGGCAGCAGCAGGCGCAUCUCUCCUUCCCCUCACAGCAGCCGCCCCUUCUUCCCCUGCCCUGCCUUCCGCCCCUUCCCCUUCCCGUUCCCCUUCUCCUCCCCUCUCCACUUUCCCCUCCCCUUCCCCCUCCCUUUCCCCCUCCCUUUCCGCCUCCCCUUCCACCUCCCCCUCCGCCUCCCCCACCUCUGCGCGCGCCCCGAAGCUGAAGCUGGCGCGGCCGCGGGGGGUGCCGUCCCCAGGGAAACCAGGGGAGGGUGUGAGGCCAGGCGUGCUGGUGUGCUAUGGGUGCGGAGCAGAGCUGCAAACACGCGUGGAGGACGCUCCGGGGUACAUCCCCCCUGACCGCUACGAGAUGAAAAAGCGCCACAAGCAGCUGCGAUCCCUGGUCUGCACGCGCUGCCAGCAGCUCUCCCACGGCCGCAUGGUAGCAGCCGUCACGGGCCACGGCGGUUACCGCGUAACCGGCCCGGCGGACAUGUUUGUGACAGCGGAGGCGCUGCGGCAGCAGCUGACGUACGUGCGCGGGGAGAAGGCGCUGGUGGUGAAGCUCGUUGACCUCGUUGACUUCAGUGGAAGCUUCCUCUCAAGGAUCCGCGAUAUAGUGGACCUGGUACCAGAGGGCACGCACAUGGACCCGGUGUCAGACUGGGUGCUGGCAGCCUCCUCGCGCCCUGCCCCCUUCCCCGAACACACAGGGAUCCUUCACCCCCCCUGUACCCCCUGCACACCCCUCCCCCUUUUAAUGCAGGUGGAUCUGGUACCAGAGGGCACGCACAUGGACCCGGUGGCGGACUGGGUGCUGGCAGCCGUGGCAAAGAAGAAGCUCAAUGUGCUGGCGGUGCACUUUGUGAGUGCCAAGGCCCGUACAGGGCUGUCAUCAGUGGCUGCCACAAUCCAGCGCGAACGCCAGGGACGAGACGUCUAUGUCCUGGGAGCGGCCAAUGUGGGCAAGUCCGCAUUCAUCUGCGCUCUGCUUGAUGAGAUGGCGAGUCGGGACAUCAUGGCAGCAGCAGCUCGGCGCCGUCGCCCCGUGGCCUCUGCCAUGCCGGGGACCACACUCGGACCCAUCUGCCUCAAGGCCUUCUCUGGAGGCGGGGAUCUGUACGACACGCCCGGGGUGCAUCUGCACCAUCGCAUGGCCGCCAUGCUGCAUCCGUGGGAUCUGCACCACCUCGGCCCGAAGCGACGGCUGAGAUCGUUUGUUGUCACCGGGCCUCUGGAGCAGCACACAGGCGCAGGCAAGGGAAGGGAAAAAACAGAAGAGAAAGCGGAGAAAGCGGAGAGGGGGGAGAAAGGAGAGAAAGGAGAGCAGAAAGAGAGUGUGGAGGAGGCAGGAGGAGAAGCGCGUGCAGAGGAGGGCACCAGUGGAGAGCAGAACGGGCUUCAAGGCACCUCUCUCUUCUGGGGCGGCCUCGUUCGGAUCGAUGUGGUGAAGGCGCCAGCUGGCACAGCUCUCACCUUCUUUGGCCCCGUGGCCAUCCGCGUAUCCACCGUGCCCACCCCUGCCGCCAAUGCCUUCUAUGAGGCUGAGGUGGGUCGACUGCUAGUGCCGCCAUCCAAGCCAUUGGAGGAGCCAGCUUGGGAGGGGCUGCCGUCGCAGCGGGCCUUCUCCUUCCGCCUGCCUGCCAAGCGCUCCAGCCCGGUAGCUGACAUUGCUAUCUCCGGCCUCGGGUGGGUCUCCUUGUCUGGCGUAAAGCCACGUCAGCGCACCAACCCCGAUGCUGACGUGUCAUCAAGUGACGCCACCACCAGUUCACAUGCUGGACACGUGGAGCCUACUGGCAGUUGGGAUGAUCCCGAUGCUGCGAACGACGCUCGCGGCGGUAUCACUCGCUUCGAAGACCCUGGUAACCAAACGCUGGGCAUGGGUUACAAUGACGAAGAUGGUCAUGGGAGCAGCGGUUUGUUCGGAAAGCAAGAAAGCGAUGUGGAGGUAGUGGUGCAUGUGCCCAAGGGCAUUGAGGUGUUUGUAAGGCCUCCCAUGCCUGUUGGGUGGUUUGCCAACGACUGGUAUCAGUAUGAGGAGCUCAGCGAGAAAGGGGAGAUGUCGCGGCCUCGGGUGUUCCACGAUGAAGCUAAAAUGUCAGCCUAG